AUGCCAUUUGUUUCUUGCAUUGGAAAAAAUCAAACAAAUGACAGUUUCGUAGAUUGGGCACCAUUCGUUUCGGCAAAUCAUCGUCAACAUUCAUUCACAUUUUUUAAUUUGACCCGCUUAACAUAUUUAACUUUUACAAAUUUUUCAUCGACGUUUCAUUUGCAUGGUGAGUCGAUUGAUUUGACAUUUAUUAAUGGCAUGGACGAAAUAGGAGAGAAUGCUUUUCAACCGCUCAAUGAAUAUUCCGAUUCAUCGAUCGAGUUGACAUUUACUUCACCACAACAUUUCAAACUUGCUGAUUAUGCGUUUGGUCAAGGAGCAUACUACGAAAUAGAUAUCGAUAAUAUACAGUACAGUCAUAUACACAAUCUUCCAUAUCAAUUGAAUUUGAAGUCGAUGGAUGGUGCUCGAUUCUAUCAGAUGAACAUACGAAAUUGUGGUGAUAUAGAAUUUAUUUCUAAUGGAUCGUCUACAAUCGAACUUAUCGGGAUAACAGUGAACAAUUGUUCGUUGGCAAAUGCUAGCCUUCUUAUCGAAAGUCUUUCGACAGGUCUCGCUGGUUUGGAUCUAACAUCGAAUCACUUGACUGCAAUACCCUCAUUGGAAUAUUUUCAACAGCUUAGAGCAGUUGAUUUGAAGAAUAAUUUUAUUGAAGAAAUUACCGUAAAUAUAUUCAACAAUAUGGCUAGCUUAUGGCGAUUGGACUUGUCUAAUAAUCGAAUAAGAAACAUCGAAUCCGACUCAUUUGUUGGAUUGCGCUUGACUGAAUUAAAUUUAGAUAAUAAUCGUCUAACAUCACUUCAAACUUUAACAAUUGACAAUCAAACAACAUCGUUUUUAUAUCCAUUAAAUGAAUCGCUAGCUUUACUCGUUAUCUCAAAUAAUUUUCUACAUGAUUUGAAUCCAUUGAAACAUAUGACUAAUUUAAACAAUGUGAUAGUAUGCUGCAAUCAAAUAAAGACAUUGGAUGGAAAUAUAUUUGAAAAAGCACAUCAACUUAAAUCAGUGGAUUUAAGUUAUAAUCAAAUCGAGUUUAUCGAUUCAAUGACAUUCAAUGGAACGAUAAUCAACUAUUUAAAUUUGGCUGGAAAUCGAUUUUCAUCGCUUGAAACAAAUGAAUCAUUGUCAUCCAACACAUCACUGUUCAAGAAUCAAACAAGCUCGUUUCUCUAUCCUAUCUCAUCAACAAUUUCAAGUCUAUCAUUUUCGAAUUGUACAAAUUUGAUCGAAAUCAAUUGGUUUAUCAUUAUAAAGCUCCAAACAUUAUUUUAUUUGGACCUUUCUGAAGUCAAUAUGACGGAAAAAAGUUGGCUUUAUCGAAAAACUGAUGUUAAUAGUGAAGAUUCGUCUAUCAAUUGGAACUAUCCACCAGGACCUCGUAUAAUUCUAUACGGUAUCAGAUUAACUGACAAUGACUAUUGUUUAACCAAAUUAAUUAUUGAUAUUUUGAAUAAGACAACUUUAAUCCGUCCAGACAAUAACGACGCUAACCUCUUCAAUGGAGUAACUUCAUUUACUAAUGCUAAAAUUUUUAAUGGACUCACUUUAAUGGAUGGACUUAUUAAUAAUGAAAUUCAACAAGGUUUUCCAGGUGCUGCUUUGAUCAUAAUUCAAUAUGGCAAAAUUCUAAAACAAACUGUUUAUGGUUACAAAUUAAAAUAUAAUGAAAAUGAAACAUUGAUAGAACAACCAGAAUUAUUAAUAUUAUAUACAAUGUUUGAUGUCGCUUCAUUAACUAAAAUCUAUGCAACUAAUUAUACUUUUAUGCAUCUGGUUGAGCAAGGAAAACUGAAUGUCGAUGAUCAAGUUAUAAAAUAUAUACCAGAAUAUUCUGGAUGUAACCUUGACAAUGAAUGUCGUGAAACUCGAUUAAUAAAAGAUUUAUUGACACAUACAGCCGGAUAUGCUCCAAGUAAUAGAACUGAACAGAUUAUUGAAACAAAAUUACAUUUUCAACGAUCAAGGGGUGAUGAUCCAUUGCCUAUUUAUUCUAAUAUCGAUUAUAUGCUGUUAGAUCUGAUUGUAGAGAGUAUAAGCGGAAUAUCAAUUGAUCAAUAUAUAAAGAUUAAUAUGUAUCAGUCACUCAGUUUAACACAUACAUUGUUUAAUCCCCUUGUUAAUACAACUUAUCAAAAAAUGGAUUUUGCUGCAACUGAAUUAAAUGGAAAUACACGCAAUGGUGCAAUCAUGUUUCCCAACGUACGUAUACAUGUCUUACAAGGUCAAGUUCAUGAUGAAAAAUCAUUUUAUUUAAUGAAUGGUAUAUCGGGACAUGCAGGUCUGUUUUCAAAUUUACAUGACAUGACUAUUCUAUGUCAGAUUAUGUUAAAUAAUGGUACAUAUGGUAUUUACUCAGUUCCGAAAUAA